CUAGUCUAUGAGACCAGUCUGCACUGCCUGGCGCAGCUCUCAUGGCCACGUCUCAAAACUCUUUUUAGGCUACGCAAACUAACACUCUGAAGACAGUGGAUGUUCGCAUAAAGACCGUGAAUGUAAUACAACAGUUAGUUUCAGAGCUCUCCUCACUCMUUGCGGUCUCGUCGCCCAGCAACACAGCGGAGAAGCAGCUCACACAGAGAGUCUCCGGCAUGCCGCGCUUCAGACUGACGCCACCGACCGUGGUGUUCCUGCUGCUUCUGCAGGGAGUGGCCGUGGUGCUGCUGUUUGGAUGGUAUGUCCAGCUCCCUUGUGGUAGCCCUCCUUCCCAGGGCAAGGUCCACGUGCUCCUGCUGUCCUCAUGGCGGUCUGGAUCCUCCUUCCUGGGCCAGGUGUUCAGCCAGCACCCGUCUGUCUUCUACCUGAUGGAGCCAUCGUGGCAUGUGUGGACCACUCUGCAGAUGCCUGGAGCCCGGGCACUGCGCAUGGCGGUGAGAGACCUGAUGCGCAGCGUCUUCCAGUGUGACAUGUCUGUCAUGGAUGCCUACACUCCGGCACAGCACAACAUGUCAGCCCUCUUUAUGUGGAGCCACAGCCGUGCCCUGUGCUCUCCACCUGCCUGCCAGCUCACACCCCGCCACCUCUUCAGCAACGAGACAGAGUGCAAGCGGAAGUGUGACAGGCCUGGCCUGCAGGGGGCAGAAGAGGCCUGUCGGACCUACAGCCAUGUGGUGCUCAAAGAGGUGCGCUUCUUUGAGCUGGACUCCCUGUACCCUCUCCUGCAGGACCCCACUCUGGACCUGCGCAUCAUCCACCUGGUGAGAGACCCGCGGGCCGUGGCGCGCUCCAGGGAGCAGUCAGCCAAAGCCCUAGUGAAGGACAAUGCCCUGGUCCUGGAGCAAGGCAACACCAAGGUGGAUGACACACAGUAUCGCGUCAUGCAGGAGAUAUGCCGCAGCCACAUCCGCAUCCACGAGAGGGCCAUGCUCAAACCUCCAGACUUUCUACGUGGACGUUACAAGAUGGUACGCUACGAGGACAUGGUGAGAGACCCCUUGCAAGAGAUCGACAGUAUGUAUCAGUUUGUGGGGCUGGAGAUGACACAGUCGCUACAGGAGUGGAUCUAUAAGGUCACCCACGGUAAGGGCAAGGGCACCAAGAAGGAGGCCUUCCAAAUCACCUCCCGCAACGCAGCAGACGUCUCUCAGGCUUGGCGUACUACUUUACCCCAUGACAAGGUAAGGAACAUCCAGGAGGUGUGUAAGGGCGCCAUGUCUUUGCUGGGGUAUAGGACCGUUGACAGUGAGAAAGAACAGAAGAAACUUGACGUGGACCUUCUGACUCCCCGUGAACGAUAUCACUUCAGCUGGCUCCCUUCCAAAACUGACAAUACGAACAAUGAGUAGAUAAUAUUUUCAGAGACCAAAUCCCACUGAAAUCUAUUUGUGGGAAUGAGAACAAUGCAACUAUUCACCAACAGGAGGGUGUCAAUAGCCAUCCCCUAAGGGAAAAUGGAACUGGAAAAAGAGCUGGAGGCCAGUAUUGGUUAGAGGUUAAUGCAAAGUUCCCCAAAAGGUGAUCCACGGGACAUAAAAUAUUGUCAAAUCACCAGGAAAUCAGCUCAAAGUGAUUUUAAUUUAGGAAAUCCAUUCCCAAGUAUUUCCACUAAUAAAUAGAGAGG